CUUCCCAGCUUGCCUCCAGGAGCUAGGACUGCAGAGGGGCCAAUCAUGGUGGGCCCAGGACCCCUGGCUAUCUCACUGUUCCUGCCUAGCCUCACCCUGCUGGUGUCCCACCUCUGCAGCUCUCAGGAUAUCUCCAGUGAGCCCAACAGUGAGCUGCUGUGCACCCGGAGGGAGCACCCCAUCGUGGCCUUCGAAGAUCUGAAGCCAUGGGUAUCUAACUUCACCUACCCUGGAGCCCGAGAUUUCUCCCAGCUCGCUCUGGAUCCCUCCAGGAACCAGCUUAUCGUGGGAGCCAGGAACUACCUCUUCAGACUCAGCCUUGCCAAUGUCUCCCUCCUUCAGGCCACAGAGUGGGCCUCCAAUGAGGACACGCGUCGCUCGUGCCAGAGCAAAGGGAAGACUGAGGAAGAGUGUCAGAACUAUGUGCGAGUGUUGAUUGUCGCCGGCCGGAAGGUGUUUAUGUGUGGCACCAAUGCCUUUUCCCCAGUGUGCUCCAGCAGACAGGUGGGGAACCUCAGCCGGACCAUCGAGAAGAUCAAUGGUGUGGCUCGCUGUCCCUACGACCCGAGACACAACUCCACAGCUGUCAUCUCCUCCCAAGGGGAGCUUUAUGCAGCCACGGUCAUUGACUUCUCAGGUCGGGACCCUGCCAUCUAUCGUAGCCUGGGCAGUGGGCCACCACUCCGCACUGCCCAGUAUAAUUCCAAGUGGCUCAAUGAGCCAAACUUUGUGGCAGCCUAUGACAUCGGGCUGUUUGCAUACUUCUUCCUGCGGGAGAACGCGGUGGAGCAUGACUGUGGGCGCACUGUGUACUCUCGGGUGGCCCGCGUGUGCAAGAAUGAUGUGGGAGGCCGCUUCCUGCUGGAGGACACAUGGACCACUUUCAUGAAGGCUCGACUCAACUGCUCCCGCCCUGGCGAGGUCCCUUUCUACUACAAUGAGCUGCAGAGUGCCUUCCACCUGCCUGAGCAGGACCUCAUCUAUGGUGUCUUCACCACCAACGUAAAUAGCAUUGCCGCUUCAGCUGUCUGCGCCUUCAACCUCAGUGCCAUCUCCCAGGCUUUCAACGGCCCAUUUCGUUACCAGGAGAAUCCCAGGGCCACCUGGCUCCCCAUCGCCAACCCCAUCCCCAAUUUCCAGUGCGGCACCCUGCCCGAGACCGGCCCCAACGAGAACCUGACGGAGCGCAGCCUGCAGGAUGCGCAGCGCCUGUUCCUGAUGAGCGAGGCCGUGCAGCCGGUGACCCCCGAGCCGUGCGUCACGCAGGACAGCGUGCGCUUCUCACACCUGGUGGUGGACCUGGUGCAGGCCAAGGACACGCUCUACCACGUGCUCUACAUCGGCACGGAAUCCGGCACUAUCCUAAAGGCGCUGUCCACCGCCAGCCGCCACCUCCGCGGCUGCUACCUGGAGGAGCUGCACGUGCUGCCGCCCGCGCGCCGCGAGCCCCUGCGCAGCCUGCGCAUCCUGCACAGCGCGCGUGCGCUCUUCGUGGGGCUCAGCGACGGCGUCCUGCGCGUCCCGCUGGAGAGGUGCGCCGCCUACCGCAGCCAGGGGACAUGCCUAGGGGCACGAGAUCCAUACUGCGGCUGGGAUGGGAAGCAGCAGCGUUGCAGCACACUUGAGGACAGUACCAACAUGAGCCUCUGGACCCAGAACAUCACAGCCUGUCCUGUUCGGAAUGUGACCCAGGAUGGAGGCUUUGGCCCAUGGUCCUCAUGGCAACCAUGUGAGCACUUAGAUGGAGACAAUUCAGGCUCUUGUCUAUGCCGAGCCCGAUCCUGUGACUCUCCCCGGCCCCGCUGUGGGGGCCUGGAGUGCCUGGGGCCAGCCAUCCACAUCGCCAACUGCUCCAGGAAUGGGGCGUGGACCUCGUGGUCAUCGUGGGCACAGUGCAGUACAUCCUGUGGGAUUGGCUUCCAGGUCCGCCAGCGAAGCUGCAGUAACCCUGUGCCCCGCCACGGGGGCCGCAUCUGCGUGGGCAAGAGCAGGGAGGAGCGGUUCUGCAAUGAGAACACGCCUUGCCCGGUGCCCAUCUUCUGGGCCACGUGGGGUUCCUGGAGCAAGUGCAGCAGCAACUGUGGGGGUGGCGUGCAAUCGCGGCGUCGGGCGUGUGAGAAUGGCAACUCGUGCCCGGGCUGCGGCGUGGAGUUCAAGACGUGCAACCCCGAGGGCUGCCCCGAGGUGCGGCGCAACACGCCCUGGACCCCGUGGCUGCCGGUGAACGUGACGCGGGGCGGCGCGCGGCAGGAGCAGCGCUUCCGCUUCACCUGCCGCGCGCCCCUGCCCGACCCCCACGGCCUGCAGUUUGGAAAGAGGAGGACUGAGACCCGAACCUGCCCGCCCGAUGGCUCCGGAGCCUGCGACACCGAUGGCCUGGUGGAGGAUCUCCUGCGCAGCGGGAACACCUCCCCGCACACGCUGAGCGGAGGCUGGGCCGCCUGGGGUCCCUGGUCGGCCUGCUCCCGGGACUGCGAACUGGGCUUCCGCGUCCGCAAGAGAACGUGCACCAACCCCGAGCCCCGAAACGGGGGUUUGCCCUGCGUGGGCGACGCUGCUGACUACCAGGACUGCAACCCCCAGGCCUGCCCAGUGCGGGGUGCUUGGUCCUGCUGGACCGCGUGGUCCCAGUGCUCAGCCUCCUGCGGUGGGGGCCACUAUCAACGCACACGUUCCUGCACCAGCCCGGCGCCCUCCCCAGGUGAGGACAUCUGUCUGGGGCUGCACACGGAGGAAGCAUUAUGUGCCACACAGGCCUGCCCAGAAGGCUGGUCACCGUGGUCUGAGUGGGGUGUCUGCACUGAGGAUGGAACCCAAAGCCGGAGCCGGCACUGUGAAGAGCUGGUCCCAGGACCCGGGGCCUGUGCUGGCAACAGCAGCCAGAGCCGCCCCUGCCCAUACAGUGAGAUCCCUGUCAUCCUGCCUGCCUCCAGCAUGGAAGAGGCCACCAGCUGUGCAGGGUUCAAUCUUAUCCACCUGGUGGCCACAGGCGUCUCCUGCUUCCUCGGCUCCGGACUCCUGACCUUGGCAGUGUACCUGUCUUGCCAUCACUGCCAGCGCCAGUCCCAGGAGUCCACCGUUGUCCAUCCUGCCACCCCCAACCACCUGCACUAUAAGGGCGGAGGCACCCCCAAGAAUGAGAAGUACACACCCAUGGAGUUCAAGACCCUGAAUAAGAAUAACCUGAUUCCUGAUGACAGAGCCAACUUCUACCCACUGCAGCAGACCAAUGUAUACACGACUACCUACUACCCCAGCCCGCUGAACAAGCCCAGCUUUCGGUCCGAGGCCUCACCUGGACAGCGGUGCUUUCCCAACAGCUGAUCCCGCCGUCCUGGGACUUGGGCUCCUUGCCUUUCCAGGGCACAGAGCAGUGGAGAUCGGACAGUGGAGUCACUUUGGUUUUCUCCCUCUGUACUGGGCCAAAAGCUUGUUGCCUGGCCUGUGGAGAUCCCAUCAGCGUCAGAGAGCUCUGGCUGUUGGUGACCAUGGGGGAGAGGACUGACUUCAGGCUGGCCUAUGGCUGUGGACCCAGCUCAGCCCAGGUCUCUCAUGGCCUCGUUGUGACCCACCAUCAGGCUCACCCUCCCCUGCCACAUCUGAGCUGUGGACUUUCUGGGCCUGUGAAGAAUUGGAGAAUAGAGUUGACAGGAGGGCAGCCUCUUCGAUUGAGGUUGGAAAUGACUUCCAGGGGCAUCAUCAGCCAAAUCCCCCCCCUUCUCUGGCUGACCCCAAGAAAGGCCUGAGAUGGAUCCAGCUGGUC